UUGAAGCAUGUCAUCUAAAAAGCGCCUAGGGGCACGCCGCCAGGGUACGGCUGCUGUCCCACUCAAUGAAUAUUUCUGCAGCGACGAGGAGCCGCAAAAUACCUCGAAUCCGGUCGGUUCCGUUGGCACGAUCACUGGAUCAAACGGAUUCAGUCACACCAGCAAUGUUACCCCUAUUCUAACCCCAACGUCUCACGACAACGAUCAAAAGCCAACAAACUCUACACCUGUGGUUGCCACUCUGCCAGCAUUCGACUGGGACUCUGACGAUAUCGAAGGUUCUCCAAAUAAAGCCGAACAGGCAGCGUCGCUAACAGUGCAGACUGUUAAACACGCAUCCGAACAUCCGCUUGAAAUUGUUGGAGCCAAGACGAGGGCUCUUCUGGCUAAAGAGGAUGCAUAUUGGCACGAUCCGGCGCUACCUUUAAAGCCCGACAAGCGCGAGUCGGUGGCCAAAUGGCUAAGCUCGCUGCCCACAAAAAUACAGAGCACACGGCAGCAGCUGGAGCAGCCUGAGGCUCUUGUUCAGGGCUGCGCUUUACUCGAUCACUCGAAUGAUGCCGAUGCCGAUGCCUUUCAACUCUCUACUAGUGAACCCCAGGAAACAGCUCACAACAAGAAUCAUCGUGGUCUUGCCAGACAAUUACGAAGCCAAGCCGAGCCCGAGGCCACAUCCCAGCUAAGUGUGAUGCCAGAGGAGCUGCCAACAACCACUGGCACUGCCAUACACGAUUGGGGAGUAGGACCACAGGCCCAGGAAGCAGUGGCCACUCAGCGUACCAGAAUGAACUUCACCCGCCGUCCCCGACGCAAGAUAGGCGCCAUUGCGGCCCAGGAUUUGACUUAUCUGAAUACCAAUCAGGGAGAGAUGACGAAAAUGGAAAAUCCCAUGCCGCAACCGUUCCCAUACAACUAUUAUUGCAGUGUUCCAGCUCCGGCUCCAGCUACUUAUUCGGCUCCUGGUCCGAAUCCGAUUAUAUUAUCGGCUAUUCCAUCCUAUGCUCCCGAAGCAUUGACUUUAGAUCCAGGGCUAUUGCCCAUAGAAGUGCUUUUGGUGCCUGAACGGAUUGAUAUUCCAGAGAAUGUUUUAACAUCCCAGGUAGUCUAUCGCCCACAGACAGGCGAAAUAUUGGCACGGGAAGAUCGACUGGCGCAGCAGCACCCUGCGCCCAUGGAGAACUGCCACCCGAUGGUGAACCAGUCGGUUUUUCGGCUUGCCAGCCUCCCAAUCACUGGGGUGGGAACGGGGACAGAUCAUGCUGUGGCUACUACUACACAGUUGGAUGGUUGCGGACUGCCAUCCUCUAUAUCAGGUCCCAGCCAGGAAUUGCCAUCCCUCAGUUCUUGGUACCACAAAGAAUCGAACCCAUCAUAUAUAUUCGCGUCCCAGGAGACAGAAGUGGCGUCUUUGUGCCAAAGUUCGGACAUUUACCGUUGUCCCAUCAGCUCUUUGUAUCCAAACCAGGAACAAACUAUUACUUCAAUGCGCGACAUGCUGCAGCAGGCUUUUAUGGACAACAAACAUGCUAUGGACAACCUCAAAACGGACCACGAUAUUGGCCAGCAUUCCAACCAAAUCCUGGAUACGGACAAUGCCCAAACCCCCCUCAGCAAUUCUACUCGUGCGCAGGGAUGGGAGGAGGGAUGGAACCUCAGUCAGGGGGAUAUGGCCAGGGAUAUAAUGCACAGUCGGCCGCUCCUCAAUAUGGACUUGGAGGACAACAACCAACAGGCAAUGGCUGGAAUUGACAUUGAAAUUGACAAAGAAGACCCAGACACACAUGGCACAGUUCACAGUGCACUCAAGUCUCUCCCAACUGCGGCUCCUCCAGGACAAUCGAGUUCUUCGACUGUGGCUCGCCAUCAGCUCUUUAGCCGUCGGCCAGCCAAUGAAGCCCACCCAAAGCCGGACCUCAACUUUGCGCCGUCGAGCGUGAAAAAAUUGUAUCAACUGAUCUGCUCGCAGUACUCGGACUAUGCCUUUAUCUAUGCCCUGAGCGCCCAGCUUAGCCAGGAGUGCGUACCCAUGGACUGUUACGUCUACUUGAAGAUGGUCCUGCUGGCCAGCAUUGCGUCCAUCGAGCCGGACGAGUUGCGGUCCCCCAUCUCGCUGUGCAUCAUUGCCACCGACGGCACCAUGGCCAAUCGUCUGAUGUCCAGUGUGGGUCAGUUGGCGCCACGUUUCCUGGGCCCUCACGAGGGCGGUCUGCAGGCCACGCACUCGGCACUGCCCGUGCGCUACAAUUGGGUGGUGGCCAGUCCCCUGCUGAUGGCCCAACAGGGCGUUUACUAUGUCGGUGAUUGGACGCGUCUGUCCCGCGAGCAUGGCGAACAGCUGGAGAAGGCUAUCGAGAACGGAGCGGUGCCCGUGCCGCAGACCCAGGCCGAGCAGCCACUCGAGGCCGCCAUUUGGACGCACUGGCAACCGGAGAAUGCCACCAAUCAGACAGUGGCCUUUGCCAAACUGUGCCCUAUCUUUGGCCUGCCCAUUUACAUGGGGGAGCAGGUGAGCGACAGCCUGUGGGGUUUUCUGCUCCAGCUGCACAGCGAGGACGGCCAGAAGACGGAGCAGGAUGGACUGAACGUACCUGAAGAGGAUUUGCGCAUGCUUCUCGGCUUGCUGCACAAGCGGAAGGUGGUCUUUGGGGAUGCGGCCCAAUGCUUGCUGCAAAAAUACUAUGUGAUCUCACGCAAGCAGCGACCAACUGUAUUCUCUAGCAAGACGUAUAUUGUGCUGAAACAGUUCGCCGAGUCGUUUGCCAAGCUGGCGAUGCGGUUGGAAGUCCUCGAAGCGGAUGUGAUCGUAGCCAUUUUUCACUGCGAGCACUUUGUGCAGAAAAUAUUUGGUGCCCAAGAGAUGCCCGCACCAUCGGUGGAGACAUUCAGUGUGAUUUCCCACAUUGAUCCGUACAUGGAUGAGUUCACACGCUGGCUGUUGAACUACCUCGAUCGAUAUGGCGAGGAACAGCUGGGCAUUCAAGUCAAGCGCCGCAGUACCGGCAGCUGGGGCGAAAUGGAAUAACGCAACACUCAAUUAACUAUAAGUUUUCUAUUUUUUGGUUGUUUUUUUUGGUUUUUUUUUGUAACUCGUAA